CCCUAGUAAAACCAUACGUGUAGAUGAACACAUAUAGCUCUUAAAACUCACAUCCUCCGUCACUCUUCCCAUUUCGGCCAUCAAAUUAUCAAACUAAAGUAAAGCCCACAAUGCCUUUCACCAUCCUUUCAACUCUAUAUACUUCAUCCAUUCCUUCUUUUUAACUGCAAUAUAUCCAUGCCAUUUUCACGUUUUCUAACCCAUAAUUUUGAUCAUUCGUAAUAGCAUGGAGAUGCCACCCUUUGGAGCUCUGUCUCCGACUUUAUGCCAUCUACUGAAGUAUGUGGGUGAUGCCGGAGAAGUCAGUAGUCCGACGACCAAUAUUCAGGAAGUCAACGGCUCUUGCUCAGAACGAAGAAGUUCUCUCCCCUUAGUCCUGUCUUUCAACAACCUCACAUACAGCGUGCAAAUCCACCGCCGCCUUAUGCUCCCGCCUUUCCUCCGCUGCGGCCGGAACAAACCCACCCCGCAGAAGAAGUUGCUCCUGAGUGACGUCUCCGGCCAGGCACGAGAAGGAGAAAUCCUGGCCGUCCUCGGCGCGUCGGGGUCCGGGAAGUCCACUCUCAUAGACGCCCUGGCGUGUAGGAUUUCAAAGGAGAGCUUGAAAGGAACCGUCACGCUGAACGGGGAGCCGUUGGAUUCCCGGCAACUCAAAGUCAUCUCGGCUUAUGUCAUGCAGGACGACCUCCUCUACCCUAUGCUCACGGUGGAGGAGACGCUCAUGUUCGCGGCGGAGCUCCGCCUCCCGCGGACUCUGUCGAAUUCCAAGAAGAAACAGAGAGUGCAUGCGUUGAUCGAUCAGUUGGGCCUCCAAAACGCCACCACAACUGUUAUCGGCGAUGAAGGACACAGGGGGGUUUCCGGCGGAGAGAGGCGGCGGGUCUCGAUCGGAAUCGACAUCAUCCACGACCCGAUUAUUCUCUUCCUGGACGAGCCAACCUCCGGCCUAGACUCCACCAGUGCAUUCAACGUGGUCAGCGUUUUGCAAAGAAUUGCUCACAGUGGAAGCAUUGUGAUCAUGUCGGUUCACCAGCCAAGUUCCCGGAUAAUGGGGUUACUAGACCGGCUCAUUUUCCUCUCCCGUGGAGAAACUGUUUACAACGGCCCGCCAGCCGAUUUGGCUCGGUUCUUCUCGCAUUUUGGGCAUCCCAUACCAGAAAGCGAAAAUCGGUCCGAGUUCGCACUCGACCUCAUUCGCGAACUUGAAGGUUCAACCGGGGGAACUAAAAGCCUGGUCGAGUUCAACCGCAUAUGGAGCAGUAAUCUGAACACUGAACCGGAAAUCGCGAUUUUUUUAUCAUUGAAAGAGGCAAUCAUGAAUAGCAUUUCCCGCGGGAAGUUAGUUUCGGGCGCCACGGACAACAGUGGUGGCCCGGUUCUAUCUGUCCCUACCCAUGCUAAUCCACUUUGGAUCGAAAUAUUUGUUUUAUCAAAACGGGCAUUCCGAAACUUAAGGCGUAUGCCAGAGAUUUUGGGCACCAGACUCGGAACCGUUACGAUAACCGGGUUCAUCCUGGCCACCAUGUUCUGGCGCCUAGAUGAUUCCCCGAAAGGAAUACAAGAAAGGCUCGGAUUUUUCGCCUUUGCCAUGUCGUUAACUUUCUACACAUGUGCGGACACAAUUCCGGUCUUCAUCCAAGAAAGAUACAUCUUCUUGAGAGAAACAUCGCACAACUCAUACCGCAGAUCUUCUUAUUGUCUUUCUCACGCACUCGUCUCCCUCCCGAUGUUGCUUUUCUACUCCUUCAUUUUCGUCGCCUUGACAUUUUGGUCAGUGGGGUUGAGCGGUGGAGCCUCGGGAUUCCUCUUCUACUACGCCAUCAUCUUAGCCUCGUUCUGGUGCGGUAAUUCGUUCGUGACCUUCAUCAGCAGCGUGGUCCCUCACGUAAUGCUCGGGUACAUUGUCGUAGUGGCCGUGCUAGCCUACUACCUCCUCUUCAGCGGUUUCUUCAUGAACCGUGAUCGGAUCCCGAUCUACUGGAUUUGGUUCCAUUACAUCUCUUUGGUCAAGUACCCGUACGAAGCGGUCCUCCAAAACGAAUUCGAGCAUCCUAACAAAUGCUUCGUGAGAGGAAUGCAGAUGUUCGACAACACACCGUUAGGUGUGCUUCCGGACUUAACAAAGGAACGGCUCCUGGCGAGCAUGGGUGACAUCUUGAAGACGGAGAUCACGGGCUCGACUUGCGUGACCACAGGCUCGGACGUUCUGGCUCAGCAAGGGGUCACUGGCCUAAGCAAAUGGGGCUGCUUGUGGGUCACCAUAGCGUGGGGGGUCUUCUUUAGGAUUUUGUUUUACCUCUCUUUGGUGAUGGGAAGCAGGAACAAGAGGAGGUAAAUAGUAUUCGGACGAAGUAAGGAAACAGAUGGGAAAGAAAAGAUGCAUGUCUCACGGGACUUCAAGGUUGUUGCUCCGGCCGUUUAUAAUAAUUGAUGAUUGAUUGUAAUGCUUUGAGACUUUGAGUGUAUUACAUGUAUUCUGUGUACAAUUGAACUAACUUAAUAUUACAGUUAGCCAUCUAUGUUUGGUUUUUGGAUAUUUUCAAGGGAAAUUGUUAGAAUCACUGACAAACACUUUGUCAUGGUGCGUCAAAAUAAAUACAAUAUUAG